AUGAAGAAAUUCUACGCCGUGAGAAGGAAAUUGGAGAUACUUUCAGAAGAAGCGGAUGAGAAAGAAUCUAUGGACACCAAAGAGUGUUCUGAAGAUCGUGUUACAAGGAUGGAAUCGCUUGCUGAGAAGCGAGAAGAAGAAAGUGCCCAACUAUCUCGACAGGCUGAAAAUUCAUACUGUGAGAUGAAAUCAACCCUACAGAGUCUACAGUCCGAUUUACAACAGUCUACAGUCUACAGUCCGAUUUUACAACCCUCAUCAUCCUCCUCUUCGAAGAUACAACCGACGGAUCAAUCGUGUGUGCAAUCACGUGUCAAACUUCCAGAAAUACGACUGCCAAGCUUUGGAGGCAAGACACGAGAUUGGGUUACGUUCCGGGAUAUGUUUAGAAGCCUCAUCCAUCGGAACGAACAGCUUACCGAAAUGGAUAAGUUUACGUAUCUUCGGUCAUCCCUCACAGGUGAAGCGUUCCAAGAAGUAAAUUCCAUAGAAAUGUCGGCGGUCAAUUAUACAGUUGCGUGGGAAGUGUUGCAAACCCGGUACGAAAACAAGAAGCUUAUCGUGAAGGCUCACCUAGAUGCACUAUUUGCAUAG